UCAGAGCGGAAGCCGACCUUGUCCGCCCCGGAAGUGCAAUCCUGGUGGUCGUGCAGGUGUGGAUUCCGCCGCGAAGGCGGCUUCUUUCGAGAUGCCCGGAGCUGCUGCCAAGGGCUUGGAAUUGUCCGAGAGGAUCGAGAGUUUCGUGGAGGCCCUGAAGCGGGGCGGCGGGCGGCGCAGCUCCGAGGACAUGGCCCGAGAGACCCUGGGGCUGCUGCGCUGGAUCAUCACGGACCACUGCUGGAGCAACGCAGGGGAGCUGAUGGAAUUGAUCCGCAGAGAGGGCCGAAGGAUGACGGCUGCGCAGCCCUCAGAGACCACCGUGGGCAACAUGGUGCGGAGAGUGCUCAGGAUCAUCCGGGAGGAGUAUGGCAGACUCCACGGUCGCAGCGACGAGAGCGACCAGCAGGAGUCCCUGCACAAACUCUUGACAUCCGGAGGCCUGAACGAGGAUUUCAGCUCCUAUUAUGCCCAACUCCAGUCCAGUAUCAUUGAGGCAAUUAAUGAGCUGCUUGUGGAACUGGAAGGGACAACGGAGAACAUUGCAGCUCAGGCUCUAGAGCACAUCCACUCCAAUGAGGUGAUCAUGACCAUUGGCUUCUCCCGAACAGUAGAGGCCUUCCUCAGAGAAGCUGCCCGGGAGAGGAAAUUCCAUGUCAUUGUGGCAGAGUGUGCUCCUUUCUGUCAGGGUCAUGAAAUGGCAGUCAAUUUGUCCAAAGCAGGUAUUGAGACAACUGUCAUGACUGAUGCUGCCAUUUUUGCUGUUAUGUCAAGAGUCAACAAGGUGAUCAUUGGCACAAAGACCAUUCUGGCCAAUGGUGCCCUGAGAGCUGUGACAGGAACUCACACUCUAGCAUUGGCAGCGAAACACCAUUCCACCCCACUCAUCGUCUGUGCUCCUAUGUUCAAGCUUUCCCCACAGUUCCCCAAUGAAGAAGAUUCAUUUCACAAGUUUGUGGCUCCUGAAGAAGUCCUGCCCUUCACAGAAGCACAUAUGAUUGCCUUUCAGGAGACAUUCUGGAGAAGGUCAGCGUUCAUUGCCCUGUGUUUGACUACGUCCCCCCAGAGCUCAUUACCCUCUUUAUCUCCAACAUUGGUGGGAAUGCACCUUCCUACAUCUACCGCCUCAUGAGCGAACUCUACCAUCCUGAUGAUCAUAUCCUGUGACACCAGUCAUCCUAAGUAGAAACUGCUUAGACGAACCCAGAAUGGAGAGGAGACUUCAGUGCCACUGCCGAAUGCACCUUCCACGUAAUGGGGGAGUGAACUGGAGUCAGCCUAAAAAAAUCCGUUUCCUGCCUUUUUAAUCAUCCCAUAACAAGGACAUAUCUGGGACUGGUUUUUUUUUUUUUUUUUUUUUUUGCCUUUCAGGUCUUAACAGAGUAGCAGGGCUUGACCUAUUCAUUCUGGACCUUCUUGGUGACCUAGAGCAUUUGUUUCGGGAACUUAAACUUUCUGGUUCAGUGGUGUGUUAAACAUAACAAUGAAUAAGCUUGCUAGGAUACAUUUUUUUGCUCAGAAAUGUCUACCAUACCUUUUCAUAGGUUGUGCCAAUUAAAGCUACUUGAAGGUUCCUGAGUUGGUUUAUUUUCGUUUUGCUCUGAUUGAACUGCCUGAAACAGCAGCAGCAGAGCCCUUUACAUGUUUUCAUAGAGGGCUGAAGUUAGAGGUAAGUCUAAAACAGAAAAGUACAACUGAGAGUACAGUUUUCUUUAUAAUUCACUGGAAAUGUGAAUUAUAAAGAAAAUUCACAAUUUGUAAUCAAACAACUUGUAAUCUAAGACUGGUUCCAGAACUUCUCUGAUCAUCAAAAUCAUCUGGAAGCUUAAAAAAAUAAAUACUCAGGCUCCAUCCCAGAUCCGCUACAUCUGAUUUCUGGGGUGACAUCUGUUUAAAGCUCCUCAGGAAAGGACCCUCUCAUGUACUGUUAAUAGGACUGUAAACAAUCUUUUCUUUGAACCUGCACUUCUAGAAUUAUUUGUACAAGCACACAAAGAUACAGAUGAGACUAUCCAUUGUAGCAGCUGUAAUGUCACAGCCUAAGUGUUCAGCAGUAACAUUUUGUAUUCUGUUAAUUAAAAGCAAGAAAGGUUUUUAAAUAUGA